AGGUGAUAUGAAGCAGAUCUAACGGGUGAAAAGAGUCUUCACAGUAAAUAGACUAGAGACCGACAUACAGCCUACAGGCCCUGAAGUCUUAUGGAGAGUGAAGUUUUUCAGUCUGAGAAAAUGAAUAACACCAAUGAUCAGUCCUUAGUUCUUGGGUCAGUGAUCCGCCUUUAUGCCUUUGGUGUCCUAGACAUGGGAGUCAAAGGAGUGACAGUGUUGCUGCUUCGAUUUUUUUAUUCUCACUGAUGCAUGCGUUGGCUAGGAAUUUGCGUAGGUUUAUAGAUAUCUUGUUUAUUACACUAAUACUUAUUGUUGACGAGGAACCAAAUAAGCUUUAGAAAUCUUGAGAAUGCAAUGCUGUUUUUCCUGUCCUCAUGCACCAACCAGAGAAUACCCUUUGCUUGACUGCAAGAUUAUGACCCUUUUAUAUGGAAAAUUUGUUUGUGUUCAAUUGAUGCCUUGAUGUAGUUUUGGUUGUUCCAGUAAAAUGAUGAAAGUGGUGUAGGUCGUCUUGAUGGGGAUGAAUCAGGCAACUCUUUGCUUGGCAUGGAAGCUAAUGAAGGCUUGAAUGCUCAUACUUGCAAAGGUGGGGAUAUCAACAUGGAAGCACCCAUAUUGAUGGAUGAUCUCAUCCUAGCGGGAGGUUUAGGUGCAACAGAUGAUAUAGGUAGUGCAUUUCCGGCUGCUGUUGACUUUACAGAUUUUGAAGAAUCUUUGUGCUAUGCCAGGGGCUAUGAAGAGCUUGAAGUUGAUGAAUCUGGCACUGGCUUGGGUUCGAAUAUUUGUAAAAGUGGAGAUAUCAAUAUGGAAGCUCCCAUUUCAAUGGAUGAUCUCAUCCGAGCUGGAGGCCUAGGUGCAACAGAUGAUAUUGGAUGUGCCAUUCCUGGUUCUGUUGACUGUACAAAUGUUGAGGCUGCGCAUGGCUACUCUGAGGAAUAUGAAGAACCACGAGAGGAUGAAUAUGUUUGUCAAGGAGAUGAACCAAGCUUGGAGUCUGCCUUAAGUUCUGAUGAUCUUGUCCGUGCUGGUGGUUUUGGAGCCAAAGAUGAUUUAAGCAGCUUCCUUCCGGCUGCAAUUGAUUCCACUGAUUUUGAGGCAUCUCUUCGAGACGCCAGAGACUAUGAGGAACCUCAAGGGGAAGUGUCAAGGCCGGGCCUCGGAUGGUUGGAUGGUCAUGCAUCGGACACUUAUUGACCUUGCCAUCUGAAAAAUGGAGGGGACUUGUGAUGUUGCAAAUGGCUCGAUUAUCUUGUGUAACUUUUGACUAUUGUGGUGUAUAGGGUGCGUAGAGGAAAUGUUUCGGGAUACGUUUUGGUAAUUGAUGAGCAUGGUCAAACUUCCGUGGCACACUUCAAGUUCCCGAGUCAGAGAAAAGUCAAACUCUGAUUGUUCUCACACAAGGCAUGCAUUGCUGUCAAAGCUAGGAAUAACUUGUUCUUAAAACUGGUGAUGCUCUGUUUAUGGCAUGCACGAGGUGCUAUGGCUCUUGGCCAUUUUUCCUUUAAUGGGCAUGCCUUUCAGGGGUUAAACGUGGAUGAGCCCUGACCACAUGUCUAGGAGAACAAUGCUGUGGGAAGUCCGUGCAAUGGGGCAGGUCUUGGCUUGAUGCAGGGUUUUGACCUCAACAUUCUUCGAAACUUCCCAUUUUAAUCAUCUGUUCUCUAGCUGUGCUCGUGCUGGCACCUUAAGUUGAUGGUGCAUCCCUGUAUAUGUUCACCCACUUGUUUGAAACAUAGCAAAGUGGUUUGGUCGUCCUCCAUAACCUAUUGUUGGCAAGUGGCAUAAAAAAUGAUUUGUCAGUUUUUGUUCUUGAGAACCUUGAAGCCAAUCCUUUUAGUCAGGUAGGCAGCAUUUAGGAUGAUAGAUUGUUGUGUUAUUUAAUUCCUCUCUGUUUGGCUGGUGGCUUUGGGCUGAGCUGUGGUACCUGCAUGAAGGUGCCCAAGGUCGGGUAAACCUUCUCAAUUAUCUUGGUAUUGCGUGUGCA